UAUCCAGAUCCACAAUUAACAUGCUGGUUUAAACCAAUGUCAAAGUAAAACAAACAACAACAAUGUCUGUAUCUCAAAACGCAAAUAAUGUUCUUCAAGCUGUAAACAACCUUUAUCAUAACCCAAACCCAGCUGAUAAAGAAAAAGCCUCAAAAUGGUUGGGAGAAUUUCAACGAUCUGUGUUUGCUUGGGAAACUGCUGAUCAGUUACUUCAGUUGAAGAAUGAAGUUGAAUCGACUUAUUUUGCUGCUCAAACUAUGAGAACCAAAAUUUUGUUUUCGUUCCGAGAACUCCCUGCAGAAACUCACGAAUCAUUGAAGGAAUCUUUGCUUAACCAUAUCGAACAACUGGCAAACAUGUCACCAAUAUUAACCACGCAGUUAUGCCUUGCUGUGAGUGACCUUGCACUACAGAUGCCAUCGUGGAAGAUGCCUGCCGUUACUUUCAUGCAAAAAUACGGCAAAGAUCAUUCCUCAUUGUCCUAUUUACUGGAGCUACUGACAGUUCUUCCUGAAGAGGUGAACAAUAAGUCUUUGAGACUUGGCGCGAACCGUCGAAGUGAAAUAAUCGACCAAAUGGAAGAUUCUGCUCCAAUGGUCGUGGAGUUACUUAAAACGUAUAUAGGAGCAGUUUCUGAUGAAAAACUCCUCUCCAAGAUUUUUAAAUGUUUGGCAAGUUGGUUUUACCUUGGAGUCUUACCCGGCAACCAUGUUGCUAGGAGCAAACUACUUGAAGUUCCUUUCAGUGUUCUGAAGGACAUAUCCAUGUCUUCUUCUUUAUACGAAUCAGCAUGCGACUGUGUGUGUGCUGCCCUCUAUGCCACAGAAGAUGUGACGAAGAAUUCCGAUCUAGUUCAACUUUUAUUUGAAGGCGCGCACUCGUUACGAGAAGCUUACCACAGCGCUAUUGCUCAUGAAGACACAGACAAAUGUUUAAAUUUGUGUCGAGUGUUCACCGAACUUGCUGAGUCGUUAUUGGAAAUGCUCGUUAAUAUGCCGGGUGACGGGCUGGGCGACCUUGUGACCCUUGACCUUUUGCUAUUGUGCAACGGACACUGCCAGUAUGAGGUUGCAGAAAUCACCUUCAAUUUUUGGUAUCGUUUAUCUGAGAUGUUAUAUUCAAGUAACGAAGAUAUUGUUCGACAAGUAUUUGGUCCUUACAUUGAACGCCUCAUAUGUUCGCUUGUUAGGCAUUGUCAGAUGGAACCAGAUAAUGAUAAAGUUUUAGAUGAAAACAACGACUUCAGCGACUUCCGAUCACGUGUUGCCGAACUCGUCCGCGACGUCGUGUUUCUUGUCGGCCCCACCGAGUGUUUUAUUCAUUUGUUUUCUAUGUUGAGCUCCACGUCGCCACCUAGCACAUGGGACGUAACUGAAGCAACGUUAUUCAUCAUGUCGUCCAUCGCUAAACAUGUCAAAACGAGUGAAGGCAGCGUCGUUCCUCAAGUCCUACAAGCAAUAUUAUCACUCCCGAGUGAAACGCACAUAGCAGUUCGGCACACAAGUGUACAGUUGGUUGGUGAACUUUCAGCUUGGAUAGAAAAACAUCCGGAUUUUCUUGAUCAUACGUUACAAUUCCUCACUACUGCCCUCCAGUGCCAGGAGCUUGCGUCCGUAGCAGCCACAGCGUUGCAAUAUUUAUGUGAAGUUUGUUGCCAACAAAUGGCGCAACAUUACCCUGCCUUACUGCAACUUAUGCAGGUAUCAGAUGAACUAAAAGUUUCCGCAGAUGCCACGUUAGGUCUUCUUAAAGGGGUUGUAACUGUACUGCGCCACCUGCCAACCCAGCAAAUAAAGGAAGCCAUCACUCAUCUAUGUUCGAUGCAAGUCGUCGUGUUAGGUCAACAAAUAACUGACUCCAAUAACUCAGGCCAGACAAAAGACCCAACCAUCUGGCUGGACAGACUUGCCACAAUAUUUCGAAACGUGAACGUAACUUCACAGAAUGGUUCAGUUCACCCUUGUAAGGAGGCCAUUGAACAGAUGUGGCCGGUGCUAAAGUCGGUUUUAGAAAAAAUUAAAUCGGAAAACCGGAUUGUGGAAAGAUGGUGCAGAUGUGUGAGGUUUGCUGUACGAAGUGCUGGUCGUAGCAUCCAAUCAACAAUGCUUAAUCUUAUAUCGGAAACUAUAACUCAUACCUACCUUACUGAUCCUCACAGCUGUUUCUUAUACCUUGGUAGUGUGCUGGUUGAUGAAUACGGAAUAGACACUUCGCUCUCCACCAUGCUUGGAUCAUUUGCCGAACCCACGUUUAAAAUGCUUAAUGAAAAAGACGGAUUAUCGGAACACCCCGAUACAGUGGAUGAUAUGUUCCGAUUGUGCUCACGAUUUUUAGAGAAAUGUCCGGCUCACUUUCUCAGCCACCCCGCUUGCCCAGCGUUGCUCAAUUGCGCCCUCGUGGGUCUGAAACACGAACAUCGUGACGCAAACGCAUCGGUCACUAAGUUCUUACGUAAUGUAAUGGAAUGCAAAAUAUCAAACACGGCCAGUGGCGAGGGUGGGCAGCAUAUCAUUGAACAAGUCAUUGAAAGUUAUGGUGGACAAAUUGUGGAGCAAUCGUUACAAGCAUGUUUGUUCCACAUACCUACUUAUAUGUAUCCUGAUGUGGCGGAACUUUGGUGGGCAAUUAUUGAACGUAACAGACAGGCGUUUUCCACGUGGUUCAUGUCAGCUUUGAAGAACUUACCCACUGAAGCAACACUUGCAACAGCAACCCCGGAACAAACAUUACAAUUCCAUGCAGAAGUUACAGUAGCUACUGAAUGGAAGAUAGUUAGCUACCAUCUACGCGACUUCUGUCGACUGUACAGAUGAUCUUAACAAUGUGUUGAGUUAUAUCAUGACAGAUACAGUCUUCAAGUAUUUAUUUCAAUUGUGGAAAGACAUAAGUUUUUAGUUGCAGCUACCCAAAAACAUAUUGAUCAAAAAAUGGAAAUUUUUUUCGAAAAAUUAUUUUGAACUGAUUUUUCUGCACUUUUUAGCCAAUUGCGUUGUUUUUUUAUGAAACCAAAAACUGGUAUCAACAUUCAAUAAGUUUGACAGCUUCUGUAUUUUACAUUUUAUAUUCCCGGCCAAACCCGGAAUUUUAUCAUUAAAUAAAAGAGAAAACCGCACGA